CUGCAAGCUGUUUUUUGUCAGCUGGUGGCUGCGACUCCCAGCUACGUCAACUAUCUAGCAAGACAACAACAAGUUAACUUGAGCCAACAGCGAGCUUUAAAAAUGAGUAUACAGAGGGCUCGACCUCCACUGCACGAAUUUAAAGAACUUUAACUAAGAGUCAGCCUUAACCGCGUCAUCCAGCGUUGGCAAGCCUCAUGAAAAAGAGAGUUGUAUUGUCCUAGCUUGCUAGCUAACGUUAGCUAUUUGUCUUGUGAGUUACCGACAUGGCUACUAGAGAGAUGUCUUUACGGCAGACAUACCGUCACCCACCGGCGAGCAUAAAGCAGGAGCAGGAUGACGACUCGGACGUGGAGGAAACUCACCUGGGGCUGAGGAGGUCAGACGGGCUGGAGUCUCAGAUCAUUCACAGCGGACACUUUAUGGUGUCCUCGCCUCAUUGCGAGCACCCUCCGAAAAAAGGCUACGACUUCGAUACUGUCAACAAGCAGACCUGUCAGACCUAUCAUUUUGGCAAGGCGAGCAUGUCGCACCUCUCCAUAGACGCUUCCCUCACCAAACUCUUUGAGUGCAUGACUCUUGCGUACAGUGGUAAGUUGGUAUCUCCCAAAUGGAAGAACUUCAAAGGUCUAAAACUGCUUUGGAGGGACAAGAUCCGCCUCAACAACGCCAUAUGGAGAGCCUGGUAUAUGCAGUAUGUGGAGAAAAGGGAAAAUCCUGUUUGUCACUUUGCAACCCCUCUCGAUGGAAGUAUGGACUUGGAUGUCCAACGUCCUGCAGAGGGUAGUACCACAGAGGGGAAAUGCUGGAAAAGAAGAAUUGAAAUCGUCAUAAGAGAAUAUCACAAGUGGAGAACAUACUUUAAAAAAAGGUUGCAGAAGCACAAGGAUGACGACCUCUCGAGCUUGCUUAAGGGACCAGAGGAGCAGUUAUCGCUGUUUGGGGAAGUCUCUCCAGACAUGCUCCGUGUCUCCUUUUACCAGGAUGAAGAGGCCGCUGCACGCCGUGUGCAUCAUAGGCUUAAUGAAACCCAUGCCCCUAUGGAGAUGGACCCCCUGUUUGACAUGGAUGUUCUGAUGUCUGAGUUUUCAGACACGUUGUUCUCUACGUUGGCCUCGCACCAGCACAUAGCCUGGCCUAAUCCAAGGGAGAUUGCUCAUGCAGGGAACGCAGACAUGAUCCAACCAGGACUCAUUCCUUUACAACCCAACCUAGACUUCAUGGACUCCUUUGAUCCCCUGCAAGACUUAUUUCACAGCCUCCGUCCGCCCGUCUUCCACUCUGUUUUACCCACUGCAUCAUCUGUCACCCCUCUACCCAGCAGCAGCUCUCAGUCACAGGCCCAGUUAAUGUCCUCCAUGCUCACAAGCAACCACAUCUCCCCUCCUGGGCCCCUGCCCACCCCCUCUCCCAUGGCCAGUCAAACCAGCCAAACAGGUGGCGGCGGCGGCGGCGGCGGCGGCGGCGGUGGUGAUGGUGGUAGUAAUAGUAAUGCUGCCUAUGUACAAAACUACAUGCCUCUGUUUCCUGGGCAGGUGGCGCCCAGUGAUCAAGCAGUCGUUUCCUCAGUCUCUCAGUCAUUAUCCCACGAUCCUCUGGCACAGUGCCUUCCAGGUCAGGACAUGGCCUCAGCAGCACCCAUGGUUCCACUACCCUUGGACAACACCUCAGUGCUGGAUGAGACAGUAGCACAGUCUGUGAUUACACACACAGCCUCCUCUACUGUCACACCCAGCGAUGCAGCAACCACCUUCAGCCACGCCUCAGAAUAUAGCUCCAUAUCCACACAACCUCCAGCUUCUCCUUCCCAACUCCAGCCCUUGGCUCCAUUACCUGCCACUCCUGUCCAGCACCCUCAGACUUUUGCCCUGCCUCGCCCCUUUCUGUCACCUGGUUCAAACAAAAAACGCCUCAUCCUCACAGCCCCUUUCCCAGGUCAUGCCAAUGCAGUAAUUGUUACACCAACACCUCUAAAAGCAGAUGUGGUCCAUAAUACUGGAGUGGUCAUCACUCCUUCUCAACUUAGAGGGGCUCCUGGAUUUCAUGUUUUGUCUAAGACAAAGAAGUCUCCCCAGCCUAUUCUCCCCAAAGGAAAGUCUUAUUCUUCCAGCCGCAGGAAUCAGAAAGCCUCCUCUAGUGUCGGUCACAGUCAGCCGGGAUCAAGUCAAGGAUCACCAUGUGGGUUAGAUCAAGUUCCUAGUCCCCAGUCACUGAUCAGCAGCAGCAGUACACCUCUGGUAAAGAAUGAACAAAAUCAGAGCCGGAGGACAACACACAUAUCUGCUGAGCAAAAGAGACGAUCAAACAUAAACAUUGGCUUUAAAACACUCUGCAACUUGGUUCCCACUCUAAAGUCACAAAUAAAUAUCAGUAAUGCAGUCACAUUGCAGAAGACAGUGGAUCACAUUGGGAAGCUCCAACAGGAGAGGCAGCAGAUGCAGGAAGAGGCCAAGAGACUACGUGAGGAGAUAGAAGAGCUCAACACCUCCAUUAACUCGUGUCAGGAACAGCUUCCUGCGACAGGGGUGCCCAUCAGGCGGCAUCGGGUCAACCACAUGCAAGAGAAGUUCAAUGAAUAUGUAAAGGACCGCACUCUUCAGAACUGGAAGUUCUGGAUUUUCAGCAUCAUUAUCAAGCCUCUCUUUGAGUCAUUCAAUGGGAUGGUGUCAACUACAAGCAGGGCAGAGCUGUGUCAGACCACCCUGCGAUGGCUCGAAAGUCACUGCUCCCUUCCAGUUCUCAGACCCAUGGUGCUGAGUACCCUUCGCCAGCUGAGCACAACCACGUCCAUACUUAGUGAUCCAUCCCUGCUACCUGAAGAAGCCCUCCAGGCCGUCACAAACACAGACACACAGCCUUGCUCUCAGAGGAGGUGAGGUGACCCAAGAGCCACAUGAACCUUUUAACAGCAAUCAUUAAAAUGACAUAUCGCAAGAUUACCUUAUAGCCAUCCAGCAAGGUCACCACGUCUUCCACAGACUUCCCUGAAAAAUAAAUGACAUGAUACUUGCAAGUUAGGACUGGCUUACUUUUACUCUGUAUGUACAAUGGUCAUACAUUUGUUCUGUUGUACAUUGAUUCUUGGGAAUGGUGCACACAGAGUGCGCCAUCUUUUGAAAUUACAUUUAUAUAGUAAAAAUGUCUUUCAUCAUAUUAUAUUUGAAUGACCGAAACUGCUACAAACUUCUCCUGCUUUAGGUGAAGAUCUUCUGAAUACUUUAUUGAAGGGUGGUACUGGUUGUUUGCUUUUUUUAACAACAAUAUAUAUUUAAAUUACUUUCAUAAUGUAAAAACAACAUUGUGUUAAAGGGAAAUAUUGAGUGAUCGUUCAUUUUGUGUUCUCUCUCAGGUGUAAAAGAAUAUGUGGAUAGGAUGUUUUUUUUCACAAGGAGAUGAGAUGAAUGUGGGAUUUUGUAUUAAGACUAGUUGGCAGUGUAGUUUGUGCUUUUUGGAGUCUCUGAAACCUAGAAAAGGUUUCACAGCAGAAUGUAGAGAAUUGCCUGAAACAUGGUGAAGUUGAUCACCAGUGGGCUGGUCUGUGUUUAAUAAGUAUACAGACUGAUCUCAUGAAGUGGCGUAUGUAUGACACGCCAAUUCGUAUGCCAUUUUGGCGUGUUAUCAAGACGCAUAAUCGCUUUUUAGAGUGUUUAUCAAUGCAAUUUGCCCGCCAUUGACCUACAUUACGAGUGAAUUUUCGCCGUAGCGGGUAAUAUAAAGGGACGUAGGCGUAAGGAGGUUGGUUGGGGUGGUGGAUGGGUAAAACAUCCGUUUUUUUGUGUUACUAAAGCCUUUCCCUGU